AUGGCGGUACAGUCUGAGACCGCUGUACGAAGCGAACCACGAUCGACACAUGUCCAGGAUGAAGCUCUCCAGCCCUUCCUCCAAUCUCAGUUCGAUCCGGCCGACUGCCUGAAUGCCACCUUGCCUUCGUUGACCUUCUCCAACCCUACCAAAGACCGUGUUCCUCUCGCCGAACUAUCUACGCAGAUCCAGACCCUCAUCUCACAACUCAAUGUGCAAACUUCGCGCCUCACCAACACUCUCAAUCAGCUCACCGAUGACAUCCUACGAAGCGGCAGCAGGCUCGCCUACCAAGUCGAGAUGCUGCGUGGUGAAACCGCUGGCCUCACAGAUGCUUUGAACACUUGUAUCCAACCAGAAAUCGCCCUCUUCGCUCCCCAAUCAUCACAGCGACCCGCAAAACUCGAGGAGGAGGACGUCUCCCCUGGACAAGCUGACGUAUCAACUCCUACUCAGCCUGCCGAGCCGGACUACAUCUCAAAGCUCCGUACGCUUGUCAUGGUGCGACAGCGCCUUGACUCGGUUAUCAAAGUAUUUGGCGAAGCCAUGGCCUGGCCUAUUGCUCCAUCCGAUCUCGUUUCAUCCUCAUUCAUCUCGGUAUCCGCUCCUUCCGCCGGAGGUCCAGAAGAAACACGCAAUCGCGAAGAGAAGGCAAAAGAGCAUGCACAAAAAUUACGCGACGAGAUCAUCCAAUUGCUGCAGAGUGCCGUCUCAGCAGAUGAAGGCAUCGCUGCUGCAAUCAAGAGAAUAGAUGAGCUGAGAGAUCUUACAUUAAUCUGGAAAGGCACCGCCGAGGAGAAGGCUCGGGCUCGCCAGAUAGAUGGCCUUGAAAAGAUAGUCGAGGACGAGCAANAGGCUCUCGCUCGCAAAGCAGAGGCGAAAAAGCGUACAGCUUCGCCUGCAGCAGUCGACUACAGGUACAAUAACACUUCCGACUCCACCCGUACUAGCAACCAGGGCACUGGCUACGGCUUUAUGAACAACUUGCGCCGCAUCAAAGAUGACAUCUAUCUCGACUGA